GUUUGGACCUUACUACACAGAGCCCGUCAUCGCCGGGCUGGACCCCGUGACCCACGAGCCCUUCAUCUGCUCCCUGGACCUCAUCGGCUGCCCCAUGGUGACCGAGGACUUCGUGGUCAGUGGCACCUGCUCCGAGCAGAUGUAUGGCAUGUGUGAGUCCCUCUGGGAGCCAGACAUGGAGCCUGACCAGCUCUUCGAGACCAUCUCGCAGGCCAUGCUGAACGCCGUGGACAGAGAUGCCAUAUCUGGCAUGGGCGUGGUGGUACACAUCAUAGAAAAAGACAAGAUCACCACCAGGACCCUGAAGGCUCGCAUGGACUAGCCCAGCAC